AUGGUUUCAGGACUUCCGGUGAUGGAUAAGAGAGCCAUCACCUUGGAUAUCAUUUUAUUCAUUUUGUGCCUGAUAGCUAUGGUGAAGAAUGGCUUAAUUACUGCAGAACUAGGCAUGCAGUGGUUGCUGUGGAGAAUAUUGUCACCUUAAGAUAAAUUAUUGAUCACUGGAGCCUCUUGGUUCUGUCUGUAAUGGGUGUUGAUCAGUGAGAGAAUUGUGGUUUUUCUGUAUCCAAAGUCCUUCCUGUACAAUCCUGUACUCCAGCUCCUCGCCUUUCACUGGGACUUCUUGAAUGAUGCUACCUUAUGGUUUUCCUACUGGCACAGUGUUUUCUAUCAUGUGAAAAUUGCAAUCCUCACUCACCCUGUCUUCCUCUGCCUAAAGCAGAAGGUGUUUGGGUUGGGUUGCUCAGCUCUGGGGUUCUUCAGCUUGAAUGCCGUCUUAUUUUUCAUAAGCAAUGAAAGCAUAUAUAGGAAUUAUUGAAGGAGAGGUCUGCAAUCUUGGAAUGCCACUGGAAAUACUAUCAGGAGACUAUUUGAGAAAUUCUACUUCUUCCCUCUAAAAAUUAUUACUUGAGCAGUCCCUACCAUUGUCUUCUUCACUGAUGUUUUGCUCAUCACAUCUUUGGGAAGACAUGACAAAAAGACCUUCCUAUAUAUCUUGGGCUCUCAUGCACACAUCAAGGCUCUCACUGGUGCUCAACACUGCAUGUAUUUUCCCAUCUCAGGAAUUUAA